AUGUGUCGUCUACUGGUGCUGGCGAUAAUUUUGGUGAAUUUAGUCAACUGUAAGGACACAGAUAAUGACAUAGAGGAAUCAACGCCAGUCGUUUAUGAACCGUCUUGGACAUACGAGUGUGUGCCAGAUGAGGGUUGUCAACGCUCAGAUUUCCCUCAGCCGACCCUGAACAGGAGUAUGAUCUUCGAUAGCAUCGACCUCUGCAGGACUGUAUGCGGACGAUUCGGAGGAAUCUGGCCUAAACCGGUCACAGCGGCCUUGAGCAUGCAGACCAUUAAGAUACAUCCAAAUUACUUGAGAUUCGAUCUUAGCAACGCGCCGGCAGAAACCAGAAAGAUAUUGGCGGAGAUGUCUCAAGUGGCCACUCAGAAUAUUAUAAGUGAAUGUGACGGUAAUGUAACGGAGAUUGUAGAGAUGCCCGUCGUUGUACACAUUACGGUGAAGACAAACAACAUGAACCUAACUUGGAAGACUGACGAACAAUACCGCUUGGAUGUCCAGAGCAAAGAUACCAGCGUCGUAAUUCAAGUUAUCGCGGAAACGGUUUUCGGAGCACGCCAUGGUUUGGAAACAUUAACGCAGCUGAUUUCGGCUGAUAAGCCAGAUUUGUUGGAACAAAAUAAAUGUGGGCUCCGUAUAGUUGCGGGUGCCAAAAUAUGGGACAAACCCGUGUACCCGCACAGAGGAUUCCUUUUGGACACGUCAAGAAACUUCAUUCCUAUGGAGGAUAUCAAAAGAAUGAUCGACGGUUUGGCUACAGUCAAGAUGAACGUGUUCCACUGGCACGUAACAGAUUCACACAGCUUUCCAUUGGAAUCUAGACGAGUGCCACAGUUUACCAAAUAUGGUGCUUAUUCAGCCUCAGAGAUCUACAGUUCGGAGGAAGUACGUGGCUUGGUGGAAUACGCUCUCGUUCGCGGAGUACGAAUCGUUAUUGAAAUAGACUCACCAGCUCACGCCGGCAAUGGCUGGCAGUGGGGGAAUGAGUAUGGUUUGGGUGAUCUGGCGGUUUGUGUGAACGAAAACCCCUGGCGGCAGCUAUGUAUUCAACCACCUUGCGGACAACUGAACCCUGCCAACCCAGCAUUAUACAGAGUGUUGAGAGACUUGUACAGAGACAUCGCUGAAACACUCACCAAACCACCUCUAUUUCACAUCGGCGGUGAUGAGGUAUUCUUUGAAUGCUGGAACUCAUCAAACACGAUCCUAGAAUACAUGCAGACUAAAGGUUACAGCAGGAAUGUUGAAGGUUUUAUCAAUUUAUGGUCAGAGUUCCACGAAAAGGCUCUCAAUAUUUGGGACGAGGAACUGGCAGCGAUCGGAGAAACAGAGAAACAGCCGGUCAUAAUCUGGUCCUCCGAACUGACACAAACCCACCGGAUACAAAAACAUUUGGACAAAAAGAGAUACGUAAUAGAAGUUUGGGAACCUCUAUCCAGUCCUUUGCUAAUUCAGCUGAUACGUCUUGGCUACAACGUCAUAUCAGUCCCCAAAGACGUGUGGUACCUAGACCAUGGAUUUUGGGGUCAGACGAAAUAUUCUAACUGGAGAAGAAUGUACGCACACACACUGCCAAGAGAUCCAAACGUUUUGGGGGGUGAAGUGGCUAUGUGGACUGAAUAUGUGGAUAGUCAGGCUUUAGAUCCGAGAGUGUUCCCUCGAGUCGCUAGUGUAGCAGAGCGUCUGUGGUCUGAUCCUACUACGGGAGCGAGCGCCGCCCAGCCUCGUCUCCAACGUGUAAGGACGAGGCUGGUCCACCGAGGACUGAGGCCUGAUGUACUGGCGCCGGGCUGGUGCGCUCAACACGACACGAGAUGUUUAUAA